AUGGAACCAGGGAACGUCACGCGGCUGUCAGAAUUUGUCUUCCUAGGACUCUCACAGACUCAGGAACUCCAGCUUUUCCUGUUUCUACUGUUCUUGUCCGUCUACGUCACCACUGUGGUGGGAAAUCUCCUCAUCAUAGUCACAGUGACCUCAGACUCCAGGCUCCACACACCCAUGUACUUUCUGCUCCGAAACUUAGCUGUCAUAGACCUCUGUUUCUCCUCAGUCACUGCCCCCAGAAUGCUGGUGGACUUCCUGUCUGAGAAGAAGACCAUCUCCUUCAGGGGCUGCAUGGCCCAGCUCUUCUUCUUCCACUUCCUGGGAGGGGCCAUGGUCUUCUUCCUCUCAGUGAUGGCCUAUGACCGCCUUGUUGCCAUCUCCUGGCCCCUCCAUUAUGUCACCAUCAUGAACACUCGGCUCUGUAUGGGACUCGUGGUGAUGGCCUGGGCAGUGGGCUUUGUCCACUCCAUUAUUCAGCUGUCUCUAAUGCUCCCAUUACCCUUCUGUGGGCCCAAUAUCCUGGACAACUUCUACUGUGAUGUCCCUCAAGUGCUGAGGCUUGCCUGCAUGGAUACUUCCCUCUUAGAGCUCCUCAUGAUCUUCAACAGUGGGAUGCUGGAUGUUAUUUGGUUCUUUUUCCUUCUCAUCUCCUAUUUGGUCAUCCUGGUGAUGCUGAGGUCCCACCCUGGAGAAGCAAGGAAGAAGGCGGCUUCCACCUGUAUCACCCAUAUCAUUGUGGUGUCUAUGGUCUUUGUCCCAAGCAUCUACCUCUAUGCUCGACCCUUCACCCCAUUCUCCAUGGACAAGGCAGUGUCCAUCAGUCACACAGUCAUGACCCCCAUGCUCAACCCCAUGAUAUACACCCUGAGAAACCAGGAGAUGCAGGCAGCAGUGAAGAGAUUAGCAAUGUGUAGACUGGUUUGUAAAAGAGAGUGA